AUGGCUUCUACAAUUAUGAAAAAUCCAGAUGGAAAACAGAAUGUGGCUGUCAACACUAAAAUUGAAAAAGAAAUAGAUACUUUCAAUAUAUCUCAAAGUAAUACAUUGGAUGAUGCAGCUGACCAUCCUAGACCUUCUGAUGGGAAUGACAAAAUGUGUAACAGAAAACCAGAAUCCUAUUUAAGCCAAAGAAUGACACAUACAAGGAAGGUCAAACUAAAGAGAAAGAGUACAUUAGACAGCUUAGGGAUCAAAAGAAAACUAGAGAAUGAAGAAAAAUGUGCCAACAAAAAGGAAUUGAAAGCAGUAGAGCAUCAAGAUCCACCAGUAAUUCAGUCUCUCACUCGUGUGCCCUUAAAAAGUGUAAUGGAUGUUGAAAUGAAAUUGGUAUAUGUUGAUGAACAACAAAUAAUGUAUGAAUUUAUAGAAUCCCAAGAUUACAGAAGUACUCAAUCAGUGUGUGAAGCCAGCAAAUCGGGAGAAUCUAUGACUUCGUGUGCUUUGAAUUUGGCACCCCAAAUGGAUAAAUGGCUUGCUAAAGCUUUAAAGGACGCAAGUUUUUACUACCAUCAGAAGAAGUAUUCAGUCGCAGCAGGACGAUUCAGAACUGCAUUGGAGCUUUGUAGUAAAGGAGCAGUUCUGGGAAACCCGUUCUAUGCAUCUUAUGAAAAGAUUUCAAGUAUUGCCAGUUUUAUCGAAACUAAACUUGUCACCUGCUAUCUGCGCAUGAGAAGACCAGACCUAGCUCUUAAUCACGCUCACAGGAGCAUAUUACUGAAUCCUAUUAACUUCCGUAAUCACCUUCGUCAAGCCACGGUCUUCCGUUGUUUGGAACGAUAUACUGAAGCUGCAAGAAGUGCUAUGAUUGCUGACUACAUUUAUUGGCUGCAUGGAGCAAAGGAGCAGAACAUUAGCAAACACGUCAAGCUUUACUGGCAGGCAAUGUUGGAAGAGGGUAUCACUCAAGCUGAAACAUUUUCAGUUAUGUAUACACCAUUUGCAGUGAAACCAACUGCUGCACAAAUAGAAAAAAUCAAAGAAGUAUUCAGGAAAAAGCAUCCUGCUUAUGCCAACUAUUUAUAUGCAGACCCUGGCACAAAUCAUAUCCUGCCUCAGACUGUUGACUGGUCCGAAACGUUUUCCCAACACUACAUGCUGCUACUUGGUUUUAAGAAUCCUGAGGAUGGCAACUUUUUAGAAAAGAUCCUAAACAGAAGAUCACCAACAUUUACAGAAUCUAGAACACCCUUUUGGUCACUUACUGUAAAAGAAGUUGAGAAGAACAUGGAUAUCCUUGGGAGGAGAAUUCUACCAGUUUUAGAUUUUACACUGUGCACUAAACUAGCUGGGGGGAUUUGCCCUGGUGCAGGUGUUAUCGAGAAACUACAGUACGCCAGUUACCUGAGUCAGCUAAAACGUAUGAAGGAGCAAGCACAAGUGAUUAAUCAGACUAUUGCAGAACUAGCAACUAUGCCCUAUCUACACGAAAUGAGUCAACAUGAAAUUGAACUGCUGCAUUCAUUAAUGACUGAUGCUGUUGACACACUUGAAGGAAACAGGAAUAAUAGAGAAUGUGUUUGGAACAAAGCUGAAAAGGUUGGGCUAAUUGAGGACUUUAUCUACCAAUUAGAAGAUAAUUUUCUGAAGUCAAAAGCCCUGAAAACAGCUCGAAAACAGAGAAGAGAAGUGAAGAAACUAAAAAGUCAGAAACUUGUUCUGUUGCCUGGUGACUUGAAGCCACCCAGAGACUCAAAAGUUAUAGGAAAGUCACCUACUCAGACUGAUCGACAAGACAACAAAAUUUCAUCUUCAAAUUAA